AUGGAUAAUGAUAAUGGCACGAUCGUUGGAUGCUAUGGAAUUUCUCAAGAUCCUAUUACUAAAAAUUACGCGAUAGUGAUGCAAUAUGUUCCUGAUGGCAACCUAAAACACUACUUGGACAAAAAUAGUCAUAAAAAUUUGCAAUUUAGAAUCUUGCAAUUACACUAUAUUAAAGAUGGAUUAAAUACAGUUCACGAGAAUGGACUGACACACCAAGACUUUCAUCCCGGAAACAUACUAAAUCAUGAUGACCCCAACACCAUUAUUUGGUCUUUAAAAAUUUGUCAAGGAUUACGACCCCAAUUUCAGAUUAAAAUACCACCACUGUUAGAAAAUUUGAUUAAACGUUGUUGGGAUGCUAAUCCUAUGAAGCGUCCGGCUAGUCUUGAAGAAUUAACUUUGGGUGAAUAUAACCAAAAAUUACCUGAAGAGAUAAAAUUUCCUAAAUAUAAAUCCCAUAAAGGGACAGUUUAUACUAGCAGGCUUUUACCAACCAGCGAAAUUGCUAAUCUGCUUCAACUCCAAGAAAUUAGUAGUGAAUUGAAAGAAACGGUGAGAGGUUAUGUUAAGGCUAAAAACAAAUCGCUAAAAGACCAAAAAGAUGCCCAAGCAAAAAAAAAUGUCCGAGAACUAGAAGAGAAACUGGAAGAAGAAUUGAAAAAGAGAGGGUUUGCGACGGAAAAAAUGGAUGAAAUUAUUCGUUAUUGUGAAAAUUAUCAUCUACUUGAGUUAGAACAAAAGCAAAUUUCUGUUCAAGGAAGCCAAGAUCAGCAAACAACUAAUCAAUCUUCUACUUUAGUAGUGGAAUUGGAGCAAAGUAGUGAAGAAGAAAUCAAGCUUUCUUUUAGACAAGCAGAAGAGGGGGUUGAGCAACCUGCGGAUAACCAAGUUAAUACUAACCCUCAACAGUCAGAAAUUUCAAAUACUAUAGACACUGAAGCAAGUGAACAAGUAGCGGUCGUUCAAAAUCCUCCUAACAAUAAAUGGUUCAAUAAGGAAUAUCCUAAAGAAGAGAAAGAAAUAAAACUUAAGCGAGAAGACUUCCAAGGAAAAUUAGUUGCUGAAGACUAUCCGAACUUAGAAAAAUUAUACUUGCGGGACAUUAAAAACAUCGACAAAAUAACUCUUAGAAACCUACCUCAACUACAAGAAUGCACCAUCUGA